GGAAGAAACACCAAGUGACUGACAAACAAGGCAGGCAGGCACAGCAGCUGGCUCUUGCCCCCCUUCCUGUCAAUCACAACCUCAGACUCCAAGUUGGCUUCCUCGACACACAAACGCAUUAUGACUGCCCCUAUCAAGCUCGCAGUCUUCAACACUCACCCCUACGACAAGAAGUUCUUCAGCGCGGCGCACGCCUCGCAUGGAUCAUCAUCAUCAUCAUCACCCUCAGUUGAGCUAGUCUUCCACGACUUUCCCCUCUCCAAGGAGACCGUCUCGCUCGUCACCGGCGCCAAGGCUGUGUGCGUCUUCGUCAACGAUGAUGUCUCGGCUCCCGUCGUCGAGGCCCUGCACGAGGCCGGCGUGAGGGCCAUCCUGCUGCGCUGCGCCGGCUUCAACAACGUCGACCUGGAAAAGGCAAAGGAGCUGGGCAUGUUUGUCGCCAACGUGCCCAGCUACUCGCCCGAGGCCGUCGCCGAGUUCGCCCUCGCCCUGAUCCAGACCCUCAACCGCAACACCCACCGCGCCUACAACCGCGUCCGCGAGGGCAACUACAACCUCGAUGGCCUGCUGGGGAGGACCCUGCACGGCAAGACGGUUGGCCUCGUCGGCACCGGCAAGAUUGGCGUUGCCCUGGCCCGCAUCCUGAAGGGCUUUGGCUGCGCCCUCCUCGCCCACGACCCCUACGAGAGUGAUGCCUUCAAGGAGCUCGGGGACUACACCGACCUCGACACCUUGCUCUCCUCGUCCGAUAUUGUCAGCCUCCACUGCCCGCUCAUGCCUAGCACCCGCUACAUCAUCAACGCAGACACCCUGCCCAAGAUGAAGAAGGGCGCGAUGCUGGUCAACACGAGCCGUGGCGCACUCAUCGACACCAAGGCAGUCAUCAAGGCCUUGAAGAGCAAGCAGCUGGGCGGGCUGGCGCUGGAUGUCUACGAGGGGGAGAGCAAGAUCUUCUACAAGGACCACUCGGGCUCCAUCAUUGACGACGAUGUUCUGUCGCGGCUGACAACCUUCCACAACGUCAUCGUCUGUGGCCACCAGGCCUUCUUCACUGAGGAGGCCCUCACCGAGAUCUCAGAGGUUACCCUGAGGAACCUGGACGACUUCGUUGAGGGGAAGCCGUGUGCGAACACGCUCAUCAAGGAUCAGCCGCCGACAUCAGGUCUGUUCCCGGUCCGCACGAUAUGAGAGGUGUACCGUGGGCUACCCAUCCGCUCUUGAGACUGGGCGGCAGCCCAGAGAGAGGAAUGCCUUGGCAGCGAUGCAAUGUGCUCAGACGGUCACAUAUGCCGAGUGAAUAAGAAGUGACAUUCUGUUGAGCUUCGUGACAAUGCAACCACCCAAAAAUCAAUCAGCUCAUUAGUACUUGCAAAAGAGAACACCGCACCCGUAAACCAAAAAACCAACAUCAUGAACACAACACAAAAGACCGAGGAUCCCAAAAACCCGAAUAGCUUCUUUGAUGCACUGACAUUCCACUCGCCCCAUAUCGUCAUUAUUGUCUGUCUCCACGCCCAACUGGCUUCUCACUUUGUCCCCCUUUAAUACCUUGCUUAGGAGGCGUCCCCUUGAUGGACUCACGCCCACCGCGGACAUUUUCCUGUUGACCUUGACCGGAGGAGACUUGGCUGGAAGCGGAGUCAGUUGCGCGUCGGUAUUCAUUUCGGCCGUCGUUGCGGCGGCCCCUUUCUGCCGUGGGCAUGUGCGCAGCCUCCAUGCCCUGCCGAAAGCCUUCCCUCCGCUCUGCGUCGAAUCGCUUCAUUUGAUAUCGCAGGAGCUUAUGCUUAUCCAUGAGCAACAGCAUUCGGUCUGCCAUCUCUGCCUGGAGCUGUAGGUAACACUCUAAGUUUUCUUUCACGACUUCUAUUACCCG